AUGUCGUCCCCCGCCAAAAUGAUCCGCCGCAAGAAGAACGUCAAGAAGGGCAUUCAGUUCUGCCUCAUGGUUUGCGGUGCCUCUGGAACUGGCCGAACCACCUUUGUCAACACGCUCUGCGGCAAGGACGUCCUCCAGCAUAAGGAUGCGGAUGAUGCCUCCGAUGCUCAUGUUGAAGACGGUGUCAAGAUCAAGCCGGUCACGGUUGAACUCGAGCUUGACGAGGAGGGCACCCGCAUCUCGUUGACCAUCGUCGACACCCCUGGAUUCGGCGACCAGAUCGACAACGAAGCCAGCUUUGCGGAGAUUGUCGGAUACCUGGAGAGGCAAUACGAUGACAUCUUGGCCGAGGAGUCUCGCAUCAAGCGUAACCCUCGCUUCAGGGACAACCGAGUCCAUGCCAUGCUCUACUUCAUCACUCCCACCGGUCACGGACUGCGAGAGCUUGACAUCGAGCUCAUGAAGCGCCUCGCUCCCCGCGUCAACGUCAUUCCCGUCAUCGGACGCGCCGACUCCCUCACCCCUGCUGAGCUCGCCGAGUCGAAGAAGCUGGUCAUGGAGGACAUUGAGCACUACAGGAUCCCCGUCUACAACUUCCCGUACGACAUUGAGGAGGACGACGAGGAUACCGUUGAGGAGAACGCUGAGCUGAGAGGUCUCAUGCCUUUCGCCAUCGUCGGCUCGGAGGACAUUGUCGAGAUUGGCGGCCGCAAGGCUCGCGCUCGCCAGUAUCCUUGGGGUGUCGUCGAGGUCGACAACCCGCGCCACUCCGACUUCCUGGCUAUCCGAUCCGCUCUCCUCCACAGCCACUUGGCUGACCUGAAGGAGAUCACGCACGACUUCCUGUACGAGAACUACCGUACCGAGAAGCUGUCCAAGAGCGUCGACGGCGCCUCUGGAAACGCCGACAGCUCGAUGAACCCCGAGGAUCUUGCCUCCCAGUCCGUUCGCCUCAAGGAGGAGCAGCUCCGACGAGAGGAGGAGAAGCUGCGCGAGAUCGAACUCAAGGUCCAGCGCGAGAUCAACGAGAAGCGACAGGAGCUGUUGGCCCGCGAGUCGCAGCUGCGCGAGAUCGAGGCCCGCAUGCAGCGCGAAGCAUCGCAGGCCACGCCCGCGCCUGCCGAGGCCGCCAACGGCGAGCACCCACACCCGGAAUAG